AUGAGUGACAUCUUCUCAGAUAUUGAGCACCUAAAUACUGUCAGUCCCAGACCAUCCAAGAGAGUCCGCUUCUCCAAGACCAACACCACCACCAUGUUCAGUGAAAGCUACGAAGACGCCAACGCGAUGGCUGCCAUGGUCAACUUCUUCAGACCAACAAAGUACACAUCGCUGCCACGAGACCCGGAGAAAGAAGCAGAGAGCAAGGCACUCGCUCCGAUCUCAGAAGACUCAGCCUUGGAGACAAGCAGCGAGACUUCGGCAGAGACCAUGUGUGACGCUGGUCUACCUCCAGCAGAGACCGACACAGGAUCCAUGAAAGCUCGAAUCAUCUCAGACGCCAUCAUUGGCCUCUCAGAUGGUCUCACGGUGCCGUUUGCGCUCACUGCAGGCCUCUCCGCACUGGGAGAUACCAAAGUCGUCGUCUUCGGUGGCCUCGCGGAGCUCAUUGCGGGUGCCAUCUCCAUGGGUCUCGGUGGCUACCUGGGAGCCAAGAGCGAAGAAGACUCUUACAAGGCAACCUUACGCUCUACACAGUCCAGAGUCCACGACUCAAAUAAUGAUCUUGCCUCGGAAAUCACUUCUGUCUUUGCUCCUUACCACCUUCCUCCGUCCACGCUCAAGGACUUCACACAUCAACUCAUCACCUCCAACAGCCCUGAUACGGUGGUCGACUUCUUGAUGCGCUUUCAGCAAGGCACACCUGAGCCAGCUGCCAGCAGAGCACUCAUCUGUGCCUUGACUAUCGCCACGGGCUACUUUAUCGGAGGCUUCGUACCUCUGCUUCCGUACUUUUUCGCCUCGAAGGUCACGGAAGGGCUCAUCUGGAGCAUCAGUGUCAUGAUUCUGGCACUGUUCAUCUUUGGAUAUGUGAAGACGGGAGUGACAGAUGGGUUCAGAGGUCGGAGGUGUGUUCUCAAAGGCCUCAAGGGUGGCGGUCAGAUGGUCAUUGUGGGUGGAGCGGCUGCCGGAUGUGCAAUGGCAGUGGUCAGACUGUUCAACUCUAUGGAGUUCUGA